UCUUUUUCAUGCCGAUGUUUCUCUUACUGUGUUCACGCUGAACAGCCUAUGAUCAAGGAUCUUCUCCGCAUCGGGUCCCAAUUUAUUGGGUACCGUGAAUAUGCCGCCAGAGCCGAAGAAAAACUUUCAGAGGCCAACGAACGUGUCGACGCACUUGCUCAAAAACUCGAGCAAAGUGAGGCGGCUCGCAAGAAAGCUGAACUUGCUGCUAGCAAAGCUAAGGCCGAGGUUGAUGAAGCCAAGGUGAAAGCUGCUAGUGUCGAGGAACUGCAGAGAAGGCUCAAAGAUGCCGAAUCUGCCUUAGAUGAGCAGAAAACUGCACAAACUGUGCGUGAACAAGAGAUCAUCAAGCGUCUGAAGUCGCAAAGUCGACCCCAAACAAACCAAGAUUUUGAUCUGGAGAAUCCCGUCAAUGACCCUCUCCUUGAUGCACUUUCUCUUCUGGAGUUCCAUGGAAAGAUGUCAGCGGAGCGUUUUUUUUCAAAGAGAGUGGCCAAGGCCCGUGUAGGCCAUGGGCUGCAGCAGGCUAUACACGACCAUGGCGAGGGCUCCGCGUGCCGUGUUUCUGAAUGA